CCGAGAUAAACCCAAACGUGAGAAGACAAUAAUCGCAUUGAUUCAUAUUAUAUUUAGUAUAGUUCCUUUUGUCAGUCACUAGUAGAAGUUUUCGUAUUACGUACCUCAAUAUAUUAGAGUAAAAACCAGAUAAUGAAGCACUUAACGUUAACUACAGUGAUAGUUCUGGUUGCAACUGUUAGUACUUUAGACGUACCAUGCACUAACCAAGAGCUAGACAUACCCACAGACUGGAUAGAUAUGAACAGACUCUGCGUACAAAAGAUGAGAACCCAAGUGACAGAAGAACUAAAGGCUUCAAUGCAGUACAUGGCGAUGGGUGCCUUCUUUUCUAAAGAUACUUUAAACAGACCUGGUUUUGCGCAGCUGUUCUUCAAAGCAGCUAGCGAAGAAAGGCAGCACGCUAUCAACCUAAUAUCUUACUUACUAAUGCGAGGAGGUUUAACAGUAGACGCAAGCAGUUUAAUAAAAAGAAAUUUAGUACCAGCUAAAACAUCUUGGCCUAAUGGAAUAAGUGCUUUGAAAGAUGCUUUGAAGCUCGAAGCUAUGGUUACAAGAAGAAUACGAUCAAUAAUUGAAGUUUGUGAAAGUGGUACCACUUUCAACGAUUACCACUUGAAUGAUUAUUUGAUUGGUGAGUUUUUAGAGGAACAAUACCAUGGGCAAAGAGAUAUCGCCGGGAAGACGUCGAGUUUGGAAAAAAUGAUGAAGCAACACGGUGACUUAGGAGAGUGGUUGUUCGAUAAAAAGUUAUUAAAUGGAGAAAUCUAAUUUGUGUUUGAUGAACUUCUACGAUUAAAUAUUUAUUGGUUUUUAG